AUUUGAUCGGCCUCGCAGGUUGAGGUCAAGAUCCGACUAUAACGGCGUGUAGUCGAGACGGCAACCGAGGUUUGUCCCGAAGCUCUCCGGGCAUCUAAUUCAAUAGUCUUCUGGGAUGCCUCAGCGGGGGAGGCACGAUCUAAUUUUAAUGUAUGUUUACGACACGAUGGCAGGCACUGGCAGGCAGCGAAUGAUGCAUCAAACAUACUUCUCUUACCCACGUACAGAUAUCGUGAUGAAAGGCUUCGUUGCUCCAAGCCAUGCAGGGGCGACUUUCACUGGUCACUAUAGCUGGUGAUGGCCAGUGGCAUUUGCAAUGACUGCCCUUAAAUAAUGGGCUCACGGCUGCAACCAACCAGUCAUCCUUUUCGACUGAGAUGAAUGUCCCGAUAUCUUCCUUGUCAACCUUUCUCGGUGGGUUUAUCGAAACCCUCGUCUUUUCAGUUCUAUUAUAUGGGACUCUUAUCGCUCAGUGUUAUUGUUACACACUUAACUGUGAGCGGGACACCAAGUGGAUAAAGUGGCUCGUAGGGGUGCUUGUGGUCUUUGAAACCGUGUUGACGGUCUUCGUGUUUCGUCUUAUCUAUGUCUACACUAUCAAGGCGUUGGAGAAUCCGUCUAUAAUUGCAAAUAUUGAUUGGAUCAUCCCGGGCGGCCUACUUGUCACACAUCUGAUCCAAGUCCUGAGCCAAGGCUACUUCCUGAGUAGAAUGUGGCUUUACAGCCGAAAUCGGACAUUAACCCUUGUAACAAGUGUACUCAUGUUGGCUAGAUCAGUCUCGUUGUUCUAUAUAGUGGUUGCAGUCUUCAAACUUAGGACAUGGGUAGCCCUUCGUAAUGAUGGCGAUAUCAAGCUCGUAACUCAACUUUGUUUGUCCUUCGGAGUUUGUGUGGACAGCAUCACGGCGAUUACAUUGGUCUUCUACCUAAUUCGCUCUCCCGCAACAUUUCAGAGCACCCGGAACGUUAUCACCUGGAUAAUCAUGUUCACGGUGAAUACCGGAGUGCUCCUUGUCGCAAUUUCGCUUUCCGUUCUCAUUACUUAUCUGACCAAGCCGGACAAUCUUAUUUAUGGCGCUUUACUUGUCGUUGGGGGAAAGCUGUAUGCCAAUUCUCUGCUUGCCGCGUGCACUGAAUGGAAGAAAAAUUCUUUCCGCGAAGAUGGCACAACCAGUCAUCAUGGGUACAUUCGAUGCACUGGAGUUAUCAAACUUUUCAACAUUGCCCCCACCAAUGCAACAGGUUCAUAUUGAUAUCUCUCAAGAAACAAUGAGCUCUGUGUCUGCAAAGGAUCGCAGCAAUCAAACCAAACAGGCGAGGAACAAUUUCAAUUCCAUCUAACUCAUCAUGACUGGUUAGAGAUAAUAGUAUGGCAUGUUAUGGUAUACACAAGAUAAGGAUUGCUGGCGAAGGAUAGCAUACGGGGCUGAAAAUGAGGUCCUGUAAUUCAGAAAAUACAUGCCUGGCAGACGUAGGACCAGUGAUCGGCUACCGCUGGCAACUUCACUUUCACAAACACAUUGACCGUAUGCUUCCAAGAAUCUGGCACUGUUGCGGGAUAUUGCCGCGUAUUACUAUGGUGUGGAUAUGUGAACUCUCCAGACGUCAAGAAAGUACAGCACUUUGGAAUUGUCUGUUGAUUCCCAAUAUACUGGUAGCAGACCA